AUGGGAUCGAGUUAUCGGUUGGCAACAUCGAAUUCUGUUGAGGGACGGAUUAUCAAGAGAGCUUUUGGAAAGCUGAAGCUAGAGCAUGUGGUGAUUGGGAAGGGACAGUUUCAACAAGAUGCCGCUAAGCCUAACGCCUUAGAUGAGGCGGAGCUGCUGGCGCUGCUGAGGGAUGAGCAGGGUGAGGAAGACAGGAUGAUCCAGACGGAUAUCAGCGAUGAGGACCUUCUGAAGCUGAUGGACCGGAGUGACCUCACCGGCCCUGCCAUGGCUCCCAAUGCAGCCCAUCUUGUCCCCUUGAAAGGGCCUGGCUGGGAGGUGGUUCUGGCCUCGAAGAGUGGUGGGGGCAUGCUCUCGGCGCUCACCAGCUGAGCCAUCCUAGCAAUGGCGAUUCCUCGGUAUUUUGAUGCUUUGGCUCGUUCGCGCCGCCUAAUGCUUGACAGCAGUGCAUUGCUUCCCCUAGGUUCAGGAGCUGAUGUUCGGCAGGCAGUGUUCUAGGCUUAUGCUCGUGCCUUCUUCCAAUCUUGCUAGGCAACCUAUGUAAGACUUUCAUGGUAUGCUAGAUGAAUCUGGAAAUGGCAUUGUUUUGCUGCUCUGCGAUGCCUAGAUCUUUCAGGUUUUGGUAUAGGACUGCUGAGAUUUAUUAAGUACUAGUAUCAACACAGAAGAGGUUAUGUGUUACGAUGAUGAAAUGCGGUUACUCCUGC